AUGCAAACUUUUACAAAUUGUCUAAAAAUCUGUUCAUGCUGCCUGCAUGAAAAUCUCAUUUCAGGAAGUAUUCAGAAGGCCUGUGAUGCCGACUCAACCACUUCAUCAGCCACCGUAACGCGCACCAUUUCUCCAGGACGCAGCUUCGAACAUCAUGUGACUAGCCAAGCACAGGUUUCCGUUGGUAAUGUUCCAUUGAGCCCUUCUCGUGUCCCUCCGUCUACGUCGACAGCGGCAACUACUUCAUCCAACGAAGUGCCGUUUUCUCUCACUUAUCCACCGCUUUAUGUUACUGCUCCUGCUGCUAUGCAUACUCAUCAGGGCUAUCUGAACAAUCAGCAUCCUGGCAGCCAACAUCAAAGUCAUUCAGGGCACCAACAGCUGAAUCAGGUUCAGGCUGAGCAGCACUCGACCAGCACUGAGGCCUCAAACUCAUUUUCUUCGAAUCAGGAGCUCUGGCAGACACAAGUUAACGGGCAAAUUUUUGAAUUGCGUGAUCAGAUACGAGAACUGAAGGCUCAAGUGGAAAUGCUAAAGACGACAAAUGCAAAUAUUCGGAUGGACAUGUCCCGUGGUCAAAAGGCUCUUACUGACAGGAUACAAAUCUUGAUGGCAGAAUUGGAUGAAACCAAAAAGCAGCGCGCAGGCGACUCCAUUGAGCUGCAGCGUUUGCGCACUCUCCUCCUUCAGCUGGACGCCAAGUCACUCAAUUUGCCGAUUUGGGGCAAGGGUUCCAGCUCGGUUUGCUCAGCCGGCCCGAUCUCCGGACCGCUUGCCCCUAACGAUACCGAAGCUACUAGCAAUCCUUCGACACCAACUCCGUUUGCAGGCGCUCACGGUCCUUAUCCGAGUGGUUCGAGUUCGCGCGUCUUGCAUACACCAACCACUAGUAGUGCUGGCGGUGUUGGAAAUGGCUAUAUGUCUGCCGGACACUUGAUUGCCCGACCAAGUCGUGGAGCUCCACUUGGCAGUCCGAUAGCAACCAAGCGUAAGAUGCGACCUCGUCAACCUCCGAAAAAUGAGUCUUUUUGUGAGAGCUCUUUGGAGACGGAGGGCGAUGAGGGUGGUAUCAAUAAGGUGGAAGAAACCUCACGAGAUCGUAGCUGGGAUCGCGAUCGAGAACACGAUCUGGAACAGGUGGGCAGAGUCUCAGUUGAUCUGAAUACCUCAAAUGUUGUGCGCCCCAGGUCAACGGCGGCUAGCGCACUUGCCUAUUCACGACGAUGA